UCGUUCGGAACUCCUCUACAGAAACAACAUGGCGAAAGGUCUUCUGAAAAUGAAACUAUGACGGUAUAUCCAGACUCCCUCGAGCAGAGAUGACCUCUUGGGAUGCUUUGGUUGUCUCUGUCCAUGCAUUGCCAAAGAGAUGAAGAAGGCGACAGAAAAACCAGGCGAAUCAAAACCGGAUGUUGACAAAGCGAAACGUGUUUACAGGGCUGCAUUAGAUGCAAUAAAAAAGCUUGAUGAGAUAUUGAAGCAGAAGAAAGCAUAUAGAGAUGUAUUCUUGCAGGAUGCUGUGGGUCUCAGAAAUAAACUGAAAGAAUAUUGUGAGCGCUUGAUGUUCUAUAACCCAGUGGAUUAUGGGAGAAAAGCAGAGGAAGUACUGUGGAGGAAAGUGUUUUAUGAUCCGAUCCAGCUGGUCAAGAAAAAUAGAAGGCACCUGAGGUCGGGAAGCUCGUUAGAGGCCGCAUUCCGCACUCACCUGUCGGCCGCCACCGGCUACUACCACCACCUGAUCUUCCGGCUCCAGUCUGAGUUCAGUCUUAAGCUCCACAGAACCGUCGACUUCUUCCUAAUACCAGAAUCCAAAUCUGGUACGAAUGGACACAAGAAGUCGCUGAGUCAGGCAGUCAGGAGGAGGGAUGCCACCCCCGCGGUCCAGGACUGGGCCACCCGGGCCUGUCACCGCUGCAUGGUCUGCCUGGGAGACAUUGCACGUUACCAGCAAGAGUUUGAUAAAGGUGUCAGCAAAGCGGCAGCAGAGAGAUUCUACCAUCAGGCCAUUGCCCUGUACCCGGAUAAUGGGAUGCCCCACAACCAGCUGGGUACACUGAAGGGUUCCCGCUACUUCCAGUGUGAGGCUGCAUACCAUUACAUCAGAUGUAUGGUGUGUGAGAAAGCAUUUGACGGAGCGGAGGGUAAUCUGGACAGGCUGUUUGAGAAGAACAGGAAGCGGUUCCGAGAACUACAGCAAAACAACAGCCAGAACCUGCCCCCAGAGUUACAGAGGCAAUAUGAUGUCAAGUUUUUCCUGAUCCACUUUAUUCAUCUACUAGACGUGUUCUUUGAUGCGAACAGAAGCAUUGACCCAGCAGAGCUACAGGAAUGCUGUCAGUCGGCCCUGCAGAGUUUCAAUUUGUGCAUGUUUUACGAGCCAGUGGUGUACGCGGAGGAGGAGAACCGCGACGAGAACCUGCAGUAUCUGGACGAUGACCUGGUGUUUAAGCUGGUGGUGAUUUGUAUGUCCACCAUCCACCUACUGCAGAUCAGAGGUUCUAAACAAGUGACAGCGGCCAUAGCCUUCCUGUUAGCACUGUUCUCACACAUCCUGAACCAUGUGGUCAUUCGGCUUCGCAACGCCCUGUAUGAAAAAGAGAAUCCCAACAAACUACUGCACCAUGAGGAGGAACAGGCCACAGGUGAUGAAGAUUUGUCCGAUAUGGAGGCUGGAGAAGAUGGACCAUCCAAUGGACCGAAGAACGACCCUGACCCCUACCAAUAUCACAGCAGGAACAGACGGACAUCGGAGGCCACCCAGAACGGGGAGAGCAAGGAGGAAGAGAAGGGGGACGGCAGCAAGGUAGGGAAAAGUGGAAAAGUUAAAACCAUGAAGCGACGACGACAGCGGCGGAGAGGGAAUGAGAGUGACAGUUCGGACAUGUCUGAUGUGUCUGAUCUGAGUGAAGGAGGUGGGGAUUUGUCAGACCAGUUUUUGUCAGACGAGUCCGAGGAGGAAUUUGUAGGCUUCUUCACCAAUGACUCAGACUCGGAAAUCUCAGAUGAUCUCAUGGAGAGCCAGGAACUGGAACCCGGAUUUGCAUCCAAGUCUCCAUCCAGCAGUGCCAAGCCCACUCCGGACUCCAGCAUGACAAACCUGAACUCAAACAACAUGGAGCUGAUGAGUUCACAGACCAACAUCUGGUCAGCUGACUCGGACUCACUGGCUCAUCUGUCGUCCGAGUUGCUCUCAUCUUCUAUGACAUUGCUUGGACAGAACUUCCGCCUGGAGGCACAGAACAGUCGAAUCACGGAGAGAGAUGAGGCGGAAUUGGCUAACUGUGAAGAAGUUGUUCAGGGCAAGAAAGAGGUCCCUGUCCCUCCAGGUUUUGCAUUAUCUUCUGAGGCUAAACAUGUGGCUGAAAUCACCAGUAAAAUGGCCAACUUUGUGAUAGAGACAGACACUGAAGUCAGUGCUGGGCCCACAGAUACAGAAAUGUCAGGUUGUGAGGAUUCCACUACAGAGGCGGAGGACCAGGGCAGUUUAUCUGACUCCACAGACAGGACUGAGCUCGAGCACAGGCAGGUACAGAACCUGAUCGACGUCCUACAGACCGAGGGUCUAUUGCCUGUCGUCAAGGUGGUCUGUGAUUGGAUGAAAUGUAAUAAAGAGGUCAUCCUCACCUGUGCUCAGAGUUCCCAAUCCCUGUGGCACAGGCUGUCAGUGUUGUUGAAUAUUCUUCCAAAGGAGUCUGUGAUAGCUGGGCAUGAUCAGUGUUGGGUUGACCAGCUCAAGUCCACACUAAGUGCCACCGGUCAACCAGACUGGAGACAGACGUUUCCACUCACUGAGGACAUCAACCUGUGGCAGUUCUCUCCCUUGGCAGAGGCCCACGCAGGGAUAGAGUUUACGUCAAAGAGAAGGGGCCAGCUAAGUGAUAUACAAGAGUGCUUUUUGAGGACAGGCAGUCUGAGACACUUUGGUUACUACCUGUCAUCCCUGGAGAAUUUGACCUUUAUCUACAAUGAGGAGCAAAGUUUGUUCAUUGGUCCAUCACACACUGGAAAUGUGGAGGAAAACGAAAAGGAGGCAAUGGAUCGAGAGGCUGACGAGGAAAGCAGAAGAAACCAAUUGAUGAGAGACAUGGCCCAACUUCGAUUACAGGCAGAGGUCAGUCAGCUAGAAGGUUCUUUAGAGGCCACAGACACGCCCCACUUCCCUCCCUACCUGAUCCCUGACACAAGCUGUCUGUGUGAUAGUCUACACCUAGUCAAGCAGCUCACUCAGAGUGGGAAAGGCAUCCUGAUUAUUCCUAUAUCUGUGAUUGACACACUAGAUUUCCUGAAGAAAGAGUCGAUGGGUGCUCGGGAAGCCAUCCGGUGGCUGGAAGCAGAGUUCAGGAGAGGAAACCGGUACAUACGAGCUCAAAAAAGCAGCGAAAAGGUGCCUGAUCACAUGCCGAAAAACCUGAAGAAAAAUAAUCGGGAUCUGUGGAGUAUGUAUGAGAUCUUCUCCUGUGCGCGGUACUUGGCCCAGCAAGGGGAGAACAUCAGCUCUGGUCACAUGGUGGCCGUCUUGACCAGCAAGGACCUGGGACGAACCUCAGCCCCGCCCACAUUUCAAAAGUUGCUGGCAAACUGCCAUCAAGAUGGCAUCAGUAUGGAGAAGAUCUCGUCUUUUGCCAACAAGUGGUUAGACACUCUGAAGAGUAAAGGCUGAAUUCAGAAACAAGGAACAUGGCAGAAGCAGCCAGGAUUCAGAUUCAGAACGGAAAACAAAUUCCCUGUGAAUGAAUAAUAUUCAACUUGUGGAAAGGAUAAAGAAAAAGAAAAUACACCCAAUAUUCUUCAGAGUUGAGUGAAAGUGUGUGUGCUGCAUAUUGGUAGCGUGAGGGAAUAAGAAUUCCUUGUUGAAGGUUUUUUUGUUUGUUUUUUAAUAUAUAAUUAAAGGUAAUUCAAGUUUGCUUUAGCACAGAUUCACAAUUAAUUAUGCCGUGAACAGACCAGUACAGACAACAAUGCUGUGAUAACCAGAAUGGUGGACGCCACCAUUCGUCAUAGCUAUGGCUUGUGGUGUGUAAAAGAGCUGAGUGUCAAACAACUUUGAAAUAUUUAGGCAUUUAUUGUGUAUUGUAUAUAUAUGUAUAUACAGUCAUUAUAGUAUCUAUUCUAGUAGAUCAUAUCAGAAACCAAUUCUCCAUUUGCCCCAUUUCUUUUUCUCUCCCUCUUUCUCUAUCUCAUUUCUAAAAAAGGAAUUAAGGAAAAGUGCAGCAAUUGUCAAUAUAUAUUAUAAACUGUGUAAAAAGGUUCAUAGAAACAUUUUACUGGUAAAUGACUUUUUGGCACCAUCUUUUUUUUUAUUUUGUGUAGCAUUUCAUUGCUUAAAAGUAACUGCUUUACUUUGUAAGGGGAAAUGAAACAAACAACUUUAUAUGCAAUCCAAUUUAUAUUCACUGUAAAGUGAAAUGGUGUUUGCACACACUGUAUCAUUUUACCAGCUGAAUGGUGGAAAAGGUUCUAUUUAAAAAUCAAAUAUUGCUCUGAAAUUGUUAAAACUAGGAAUAAAUGUGGGAGAAUUUUCUUAUUCAAUAAAAGUGAUAGUGGUUCUA